AUGCCGCUUCUGCACCCCAUUGCUAUGUUGGAGCCAAUAGCGAAAAACAGCACGAGAGCCAAUAUCAAACACAACGCUAGAUUACUGCUCCUCAGUGUAACUGUUGCUUUGUCAUUCUAUCCCUUCUUAUCGAGGUGCAUUCAUGCGUUUGACAUAAGCCCCAUUGGCGAGGGUAAGGGCUCAGAGGCAUCGCCGACAGACUGGAGUGUCGUGGAAGAUAUGUGCUUUCCCGCGGAGUACAGAGAUAUUGGAAGAUCGACGACUUUCAAAUCUUUAAAUGGCUUGGAGUUGACUGUAUCCCUGAUUACAUGCAUAUUCACAUUCUGGCUCCUUGCUGGCCUGCCUGGCACAUGUUACGACCAUGACGAGAAGGUAAAGGAUGCUAAGGGAGCAGAAGACAAGACCUCUUGGCGCGAGCGAGUCAAUAAGUGGUUCGGUGACAGGCCGCUUGUUGCUAUUCUUCCUCUUCUUGUGCUUGUUGGGUGGACUAUACCACUACUGUGGGUGAUUUUCACCCUCAGAAACGUCCACGAGCAAAUGUCGGAGAACAUGGUAGAAGAAUACGAUGGGAAUUACUGUGGAUUUGGGCAGAUUGUGUCUAUCAUAUUGUUUAUCCGUGUUGGAGUUGAACUGACAUAUCGGUCGAGAUUCAGUUCAGUACAUGCAUACAAACUGGAUGGAUAAGAUAG